GCGGAGUUCGGGAGCCACUGCGAGCAAGUGAAUCUUCUCGGUUCGGGCGGCGCCCAGAAAAAGUACGAGAAUCAGGCCGGGUACAACGACCUGUUCGACGACGGCAUGGCCUCGAAGCUCUAUCGCGACGCGUCGAAGAACUACGGGAAGGACGUGUUCGCUAACAGGAAGCGCCGGGUUCUCCAACGGCAAGAAGUUCGCACCAUGGGGUUCUACCACACUGGGUGCAUGAACUUCCAUGACGCGCGCGUACAAGCUCCUCUGCGAGGCCGAAGGACACCAUUCCAUGGCGUCGCUGGACCGGUAUUGCGCCAUGCCGCUGAUUCCGGAGAAUCCGUACGCGGGCCCCCGGACGGUUUCGAUCCCCCGGCGGUUGUCAAGAAGGCAGACGGGGAGUUGGAGCGCGACACGCACGGAUUGUGGCGCAGGGACAAGCUGCCUGCCCCGAGGAAGGAAGUGCUUGACGGCAUGAGGGUGGUCAAGGAUUUCGUGGAGAGCAACCCCAACGCUGUGGCGCGCUUCGCGCCCGAAGGUGCAGCUCUCUAUCGCCUGGUGGACAGCGUGAACUGGAGCGCGGCCGACCGUCUUCAGUACGUGGAUGAGGACAAAGCCGCCCGGCUUCGCCAGCUGCAGCGCUUCCUCUACGACUUCGCCAUUGCUCAGCUGCUGCUCGAAGUCCAAAAGGCUGGCUCUGGUCCCGCGGGCCCAGCGGGCGACGCAGCCGACGCUGGCGCGGCGGCUGCCCCGGGCGCGGUUGCCACUCGCCCCACGGUGAAGGACGCGUUCGUCGACGAGGAGCGCGUCCAGCGUGCAGUUUGCAACUUGGCUGCGAUCUGGGAGGGCCACGAGUCCUUCGUGAACCCGCGCCGCACCAUGUACUUGGAAGAGAACGUGCGGCGCGGCACGUUGGCUGAGCAGCGCGAGGCGGCGGCGCGGGCCGCGGCGGAUGAGGGCGCCGAUGACGUGGAGGCCGAGGGUGUCGCGGGCGCCGAGGGCGGCCUCGAGUUGCCGGCGGGGUGGUCGCAGAAUGUGUGGAACGGCACUCCGUACUAUUGCCCCGACGUCGACGAGCGCGCGUGGCAGUACGAGCACCCGCCCACCGUGCCGACCCCGCCUGUGCCGCGGAUCACGCAGGGCGUCGACGAGUACGUCUUUGUGGGGAUAAUUGAUGCGGGCUUGAAGUCUCGCAUGAUCGCCGGAGUUGACGACGCGGAGGCCACGCGGGGCGGCGGCGACCUGAUCGCGGCCGCCUGCAAGAACACGCUCCUGUGGAAAUGCUCCACGGCCGAGAACCGCAUCACCGGCAACAUGGUCUCCGCCGCCAUCCGCUCGAGUCAGGUCGCUUGGCCGUCGUUGUCCUGGUGGAUGUCCGUCGCGGUCGAGGGCGAGCUCUUGCAUGCGGGGCUGGGCCGGAAGUCUGACCACAAUGCCAGCCGGGGUUCUGGGAGAAGCCCAAAGUCCCGAUUGAUGAAGAAGAAGUCGCUGCCUUCGUGGACCAGUUGGCGCAAUGGGGAGUUGCCCCAGAG